CCGACCUGCACGUGUACGUAGCGCGGGAGGAGAGGGUCGUUUACACGGGCGCGCGGAGAAAAGGGAACGGAAAGAAAGAGGAGGAGGAGCCGCGAGAAACACAACGAACGCGUGUGUCAGACUUGUCUGGCCCGUUGGCCCGUCGCGUGGGAUCAACCGAACAAGGGCGCGAGACAUACGGACGCGACUCGCGCGGAGUGGAGGCAAGGGUACCUGCGACGCGCCGCCGUCGCUGUGUUUACGAGCGACAACCGUCGCCACCACCGCCGCCGCCGCCGCCUGACGUCUCGCCGUCGCCGUUCGCCGUUAGCGCAACAACGACACAAAUGACGGACCGCGAGGUGAGACCAGGCAAGCGACCGCGGCGCGAUGGUCGUGUCUUUUAACCGGUACUUGCCGGUGAUACUGCCGGAGAUCGACGAGAGCGAGCUCGGCGGUGCCGUCGCCGCGUGCAGCGGCGUCGGCCCGCCCGACGUCAAGCAACGCGCCCCGUUCACCACGGAUGAGACUGUCGCGAGGAGCUGCUCGGCCAGCAGCAGUAUCACCACCAUCGGCAGUGGUUCAACGACGACGACGACAACCCCCGUGACGACGCCGCCGGUCACGGUGACGACGUCGGCGGUCACAGUACCGCUGUGCGUCCUGGGCGAGGUACAACUGCGCUUCCUCUGCCCCGACGACCUAGAGGAAGUACGCUCGCUCUGCCAAGACUGGUUCCCUAUAGAUUAUCCUUAUUCAUGGUAUGAAGACAUCACGAGCUCGUCGAGGUUUUACGCACUCGCGGCGGUGUAUGGAGGUGUGAUAAUAGGACUGAUCGUCGCGGAGAUAAAGCCUUACGCCAGGUUGAACAAGGAGGAUCGUGGCAUCUUGUGCUCCAGCCUAGGAAAGAAUUGUCUUGUGGGUUAUAUACUUAGUUUGGGAGUACGUCGCGCGUACAGAAGAAAUGGCAUAGCCUCACUGCUAUUGGAACAGCUACUCGCCCACGUCACCGCACCUGAACGUUCCUCCGUAAAGGCAGUCUUCCUACACGUGCUCUCCAGCAAUGCUCCUGCUAUAUUAUUCUAUCAGAGGUGUCACUUUCGGUUGCACAGUUUCCUCCCCUAUUAUUAUUCGAUACGGGGAAAGUGUAAGGAUGGCUUCACGUAUGUCCUUUAUGUUAACGGCGGACAUGCGCCAUGGGGUAUCUGGGACUGGGUCCGUCACCUGGCCGGCGCGAUGACCAACCUCGUGCCGUGCAGAGUACCGCGGUGGAUCUGGCAACGUCUCUUGUGGGCAACCACCAUUCUUUCUUACCACAGAUGAUACAUCUUGUGAUUUGUUAUGUUCUGUUAUAUAUUUAUUUGUCUCUUUUUUUUAAUUCUCGAGAUGUUAUAUGCAUGUAAAGUGCCAUAAGUUGGUUAACGUUCUGACGGAUCCAAAGUAGAUAGCCAUAGUGUGGCUAUAUGAUUUUAUUAUUAUUAUUAUUAUUAUUAUUAUUAUUAUUAUUAUUAUUAUUAUUAUUAUAGUCCUGUGCUAAUAUGAAGUUAGAAAUGGACAUGAAUCAAUUUGCAUAACUUGAGCAGGUAUUUAAUAAAUUUGUUCUCAAAUUUGGGCAGCAAGGCGUCAGAGUAUUUUAGCACAGCUUUUGUUACCAAGGAUUACUAGUUAUUAAACAUACUAUCGUUACAAUUAUUGUUAUUACAAUGUUGUAAUAGUUCGAGGUAUGUAACUGCCAAAAAUAAUUAAGUUGAAAUCAUUUGCAUGUUAGUAUCUAAUAUUCUUCCAUUGUUUCCAAAGCUUAUGUAAUAUUAAAUCGUUAUUAAUUUACGAAAGCACAAACUUUAAGAUAAUUAUUGAUAAUUUGACUGUUUUUGAUUUAAAAAUCAUGUACCAUAAUUUUAUCUAAUAGAGACGCAAAUUUACAAUUUUUAGUCUUCAAAUUUCUAUUAUUAUUAAAAUUUGAAGAUUGAAAAUCAUAAGAGCAAAUUAUGAUAUUUUAAACGAGAAUAAUUUAAAAGACUGCAUUAUUACAAUUCAAACUUUGUAUACCUCUGCUGCCAUCGACUGUAUAAUAUAUGUAUAAACUGUGUACAUAUUUUGUAUAUUAAAUAAAUACUUAAUAUAUUAACAUGAAA